UUCCUGUGGCGGAGUGUUUAUCGCCCUUACAAUCUCUCUCUCUCUCUCUCUCUCUCAAAUUUUCAAUUUGUUUUUUAAAUUUGAACAGAAACUCCAAAAGUUCAAACAGUUCAAUUUUUUUUUUUUUUAAAUGAAUAAAAUAAAUUGAGAGCUGCCACUUUUGCUAGUAUAAAUCUAUCUCAUUUCUCAAUCUAAAAACAUUCAUUCAUCAAACCCACCCUUUCGUCUCCAACCCUUUUUCCCGAUUCACAUUUCACGUUUCCCAAUAUGGAGAGGUAGAUUUGCUGCUCAGAUCUCAUUUGGUGAAAAAGCCCAGGUUUAGGGUGUCGGGGAAUAACUUUUGAUUGGUAAGAAUGGCUUUAGGAAAAUAUACUAGAGUAGAAAAUAGGAGGUCUUCCUCCAGUUAUUGCUCGACAGUUACUAUUGUGGUAUUUGUGGCUCUAUGUUUGGUCGGGGUUUGGAUGAUGACCUCGUCGUCUGUAGUUCCAGUUCAAAAUGUUGAUGUGCCCCAGGAGAAUAAAAGUGAGGUUAAGGGACAAGAGAAGGUGAGUGAAGUGAAGGAACAAGCUAGUGAGACCAGUGAGAGCAAAACCCGACAAUUUGAAGAUAAUCCUGGAGAUUUGCCUGAGGAUGCAACAAAGGGAGACAGCAAAGUGACUUCCAAUCAGGGUGAGGAGAAACAAGAAGAACAGAAGCCUGAAGAGAAAACUGAAGAGAAGAUCGAAGAGAAAGUUGAAGAGCAGCAGCAGCAGGAGGAGAAAAUUGAAGAGAAAGUAGAGGAGAAGCCUGAAGAUGGAUCAAAACCUGAGACAGAAGAUGGAGGAAAUAAAUCUGAAGAUGGGGACUCCAAUACACAAAAUGGCGACUCAAAUUCAGAAGCUGGGGACAAUGGUGAGAAGAAGUCUGGUGCAAAUGAGGAUGAGAACAAGACUAAUUCGGACGAGAAUGAGAAUAAAUCAGAGGAUGAGGAGAAGAAAUUGGAUAACCCAGAUGAAACAAAAGACGGUGACAAGGUAAAUGGUCAGAUAGAGGAGAAAGUGGAGCAAAAUGACAAGGAGUCAGGUGGAAGCUCUGGUGAGAAAAAGGAAGACAGUCAGGCUAUAAGCCAGAGUUCAACUGAGGUAUUUCCCUCUGGGGCUCAGUCUGAGCUUUUGAAUGAAACUACUACCCAAAAUAGCUCAUGGUCAACUCAAGCUGUAGAGUCAAAGAAUGAAAAGGAAACACAACGUUCUUCUAAACAGCAAACUGUUUACAGUUGGAAACUUUGCAAUUCCACAGCUGGUCCUGAUUUCAUCCCUUGUCUCGACAAUAUACAAGCAAUUAAGAGUCUUCAUAGUACCAAGCAUUAUGAACAUCGGGAGAGGCACUGUCCUGAAGAAGCACCCACCUGCCUUGUUCCACUUCCGGAGGGAUAUAGGCGCCCAAUUGAAUGGCCUAAGAGCAGGGAAAAGAUAUGGUAUUAUAAUGUUCCUCACACCAAGCUUGCAGAAAUUAAAGGUCACCAGAAUUGGGUGAAAGUUACUGGCGAAUACCUUACUUUUCCUGGUGGUGGAACACAGUUUAAGCAUGGAGCUCUUCACUAUAUUGAUUUUAUCCAGGAGUCCGUUCCUGAUAUUGCCUGGGGAAAACGCACCCGUGUCAUUCUGGAUGUUGGAUGUGGUGUUGCAAGCUUUGGUGGCUUUCUCUUUGACAGAGAUGUUCUCACCAUGUCAUUUGCCCCAAAAGAUGAACAUGAAGCUCAAGUGCAGUUUGCACUUGAAAGGGGAAUUCCCAGUAUAUCUGCUGUAAUGGGCACAAAGAGACUUCCCUUCCCUGGCAGAGUUUUUGACGUUGUUCAUUGUGCUCGCUGCAGGGUUCCAUGGCAUAUAGAAGGCGGUAAGCUUCUCUUGGAGCUGAAUCGUGUGUUGCGACCUGGUGGUUUCUUUGUGUGGUCUGCUACUCCAGUUUAUCAGAAAAAAGCUGAAGAUGUUGAAAUAUGGAAUGCCAUGAAGAAACUAACAAAAGCAAUAUGCUGGGAGCUUGUUACAAUUAGCAAGGAUACAUUGAAUGGCGUUGGUGCAGCUAUAUAUAGGAAGCCUACAUCCAAUGAAUGCUAUGAGAAAAGAUCGGAAAAAGAACCACCUAUCUGCCCAGAAUCCGAUGCUCCUGAUGCGGCCUGGAAUGUGCCACUGCAAGCUUGUUUGCAUAAAGUGCCUACUGAUCCAAUACACCGUGGGUCUCAAUGGCCUGAUCAAUGGCCGGCAAGGUUGGAUAAACCACCUUAUUGGUUGUUGACUUCCCAGACUGGAGUUUAUGGAAAAGCUGCUCCUGAGGACUUCAAUGCAGAUUAUCAGCAUUGGAAACGUGUCGUGAGCAAGUCAUAUCUAAAUGGAAUGGGAAUUAACUGGUCAUCUGUUAGGAGUGUCAUGGACAUGAGAUCCGUCUAUGGAGGAUUUGCUGCUGCUUUGAAAGAUUUGAAUGUUUGGGUUAUGAAUGUGGUCUCAGUGGAUGCUCCAGAUACAUUACCUAUAAUUUAUGAGCGUGGUCUCUUCGGUAUAUAUCACGAUUGGUGCGAGUCAUUUAGCACCUACCCUAGGUCUUAUGAUCUUGUCCAUGCUGACCAUCUAUUCUCCAAGAUCAAAAAGAGGUGCAAUUUAGUGGCUGUAGUAGCAGAAGUUGAUAGGAUCUUGAGGCCAGAAGGGAAACUUAUUGUUCGGGACAAUGUUGAGACCAUUAAUGAACUGGAGAACAUGGUGAGGUCUAUGCAAUGGGAGGUUCGAAUGACCUACUCCAAGGACAAGGAAGGAUUGCUGUGUGUGCAGAAGUCCAUAUGGAGGCCUAGUGAAUCAGAGACAGUCAAGUUUGCAAUCGCUUAGUCAUGCUCAGCCAUGCUUGGUGCUACUCUAAUUGGCCUUUCAUCACUGAAGGUGUGAUACCGAUGAGAUUAGGUAUUCUUUUUUGUUUUGGUUGCUAAUUUUCUACUCAUGGUAACUGUACUUUUAUCUUAGGCCAUGUAUCAUGUUAGUUAGUCCUUUUAGUGUCCUGUUAUUGUUUCAUUGUUUUUUAAGUGUUACAUUGAGGUUAUCACCGUGAGUUUGGUGUUGGAAUUUUCACUGUAAUAUCCAGGUUUCGUUAUGAGAUAUUUGAUCCAAAAAAGAGGAAAAAGAACACAUUCUUGUAAGUGUAAAGGCCAUAGGUUUUAAAUUAUGAGAGACUUCCUGUUUAGAAA